AUGUCUACCCCUGCCAUUGCGCGAUUCAAUGGCAGCCUGAGGGCCUCUGAUACUCGCCCUGUUGCUCAUUUCCUGCCCGACCAACUGAACGGACUUGCGGAUCGUACGCGCGCGAAUGGCCGUAGCCCCGACCAGGAUUCUUCAGACGCCUCUUCCACGGGCUCCAACACAGUAAACGGCACCGAGACAAAGCGACCAAAUAUGGCUCGCAAGGCCUCUUCGCCCAUGGCCCCGGCCUUUAUGGUGUCUGCUCCAGGCAAGGUCAUUGUCUUUGGUGAGCAUGCCGUCGUCCACGGCAAGCCAGCUCUGGCCGCCGCAAUCUCCCUCCGAUCCUACCUCCUUGUCACCACCCUCUCGAAAUCACACCGAACGAUUACUCUGAAUUUCCGCGACUUGGGCCUCAGCCAUACGUGGGACAUUGAAGCGCUCCCAUGGGGCGUAUUCCACCAGCCCGGCAAGAAGAAGUUCUACUACGACCUGGUCACAUCUCUUGACCCCGACCUUGUCGCCGCCAUCGAACCCCAUCUCGAAGGCGUCUCAAAAGGCGUCCCCGAAGAACAGCGCAAAAACCACGUCCGCUCCGCAUCUGCCUUCCUCUACCUUUUCCUCUCCCUCGGUUCCCCGCAAAGCGCAGGUGCUGUUUAUACCCUUCGCUCCAAUAUCCCCACCGCCGCUGGUCUGGGCAGCAGCGCCAGUGUCUGCGUCUGCCUGAGCUCUGCGCUGCUCCUCCAGAUCCGCACGCUUGCCGGCCCUCACCCCGAUCAACCCGCCGAGGAGGCAGAGACCCAGAUUGAGCGAAUUAAUCGCUGGGCCUUUGUCGGCGAGCUCUGCAUUCAUGGAAACCCUAGUGGAGUGGACAACACGGUUGCCGCAGGCGGCAAAGCUGUGAUCUAUCAGCGUGAAGACCCAGAGAAAAACCCGACCGUCAUUCCCUUCCCCGAUUUCCCCGAACUGCCUCUUCUCCUGGUCGAUACUCAGCAGUCGCGCUCGACUUCGACAGAGGUGGCCAAGGUCGGCCAGCUGAAGAAGUCCCACCCCAUUGUGACCGAGACGAUCUUGAAUGCAAUUGAUGAAGUGACAUGCUCUGCGCGCCGACUCAUCGAGAGCCCGGACUUUGAAGUCAACGAUGACACACUCGACCAACUCGGCACCCUGAUCCGCAUCAACCACGGCUUCCUCGUUUCACUGGGUGUGUCACAUCCCCGAUUGGAGCGCAUCCGCGAACUUGUCGAUUAUGCAGACAUUGGCUGGACGAAGCUGACCGGUGCUGGUGGUGGCGGAUGUGCAAUCACCUUACUCAAACCAGGCGUCAAGCCAGAGGCUGUCCUCGAAUUGAAGAAAAAACUCGCAGAGGAAGGCUUCAACAAAUAUGAAACCACCCUCGGCGGCGACGGCGUUGGCGUCCUCUACCCCGCUGUCCUCCGCAACGGCUCCGAUGAGGAAGGUGGCGAGGAAAUUGACCAGCAAAAGUUCAUUGAAGCCGAAGGUGCCGAGGGCAUCGAGCGUCUCGUGGGCGUUUCGUUCCACGAGAAGCGCGAAGGCUGGAAAUUUUGGAAGCGCUCUCCCCGCUGA